AUGGAAAGGCCGACAUACGUACCAAGAAACUUUUGGCUACCUACGCUGUUGAAUACCACUAUAUUAUUCACUUACAUAACUACUGAUAUUACGUAUAAAUAUCUACAGGAUACCUAUUCCUAUAAUCCAGAAGAUGAUAAUGCUAUAGGCGUGCUAAAUAAUUUGAGUCUUCUAAAUGAUUUUCAACCUUCUAUAGCAUAUUAUGUGGAACCGUUGCACUAUGAUAUAAAACUAACUUUACGUAUCGAAAAAUAUGAUAGCAAUAAAACCAUGAAGGCAACAAGUAAUGAGCAUAUAAUACCAAGAAUUGAAGAAGGCAGAUGGGUAAUCCUUCCACACAUCCAAGAGACUGGAACUAGACAAUUGUUUCCCUGUUGGGAUGAGCGACACCUAAAGACAACGUUUACUAUUUCUGUAAAACAUCCUGCAAAUUUCUUUGCCUUAACCAACAUGCCAUUGCGAAUGCUAGAUAGCGAUGAUAUUGAACAUAAUUUCAAGAAGUCGUUUUCUCAAACAAAAUCUCUGUUCUACGCGCAACAAGUUAUGAAAAAUAUCUCAUUUCAUUUGGAAUAUGAAUUUGGAGGAAUCAAGAUUCCAAAGAUAGACCAUAUUGUAAUUCCACAUUUUUCGUACAACAUCACAACGAAAUUAGGAUUCGUCUUUCAUUCGGAAAGAGAACUUAUUUAUCAUGAGGAGUUAGGACACAUAAUGAACAGAAUAGAAAUCGCACGCAGCAUAACACGUAAAACAGCACAUCAAUGGUUUGGAGAUACACUUGGUCCAUUUUGGUCCAAUUAUUGGUUGCAUGACGGUCUCGCUACAUUAUUCGGUGACGAAAUUGUUGCUAAGGUUGUUUAA